ACACGACGUUGCCAACUGUCAGCAUUCUGGCACGUGAUUGGACAGAAAGCCGUUCGGAGGAAACGGCUGUUUAGUUUACAAGACAACCUGAAGAAACAGAUAACUAACAUCGGAUAUCGAGGAAACUCUUUAAAUACAACGAGAAGUCGUUUGUCUUCAGAUCAGCAGCACAGCAGAAAGUUACCGCUAAUUUAGAUCAUCCACCCUCCUAACCUGACGUCAAACUGUCAACUACGUUCAUCCUGAUGGCGAUGGACUUAAGCACAAAUGCUCAUUGCAGCAGUCACACUAGCAAAGAAAAUAUUCUACCAUCCAACAAAACAAAUGCACUGCAGCUCCAGCGGGCCAAACAGCGCACGGUACUCGGUGUGAUGUCAGAGAAUGAGCAGCAUGGUCGAUCAUUCAACCAGGAAAGCUACAUUUCCAAACACAGCUCGUUCUCAGACAGCUCCCAGCUUGCCUUCCACGGCUGUGCCUCAAGUUCUGGCUAUGACGUGUACGUCGAAGAGGCGUGUGAAGUUGUUCUUGCUGCUUCUGGUCAAGAAGUGGUCGCAGGCACAAAUUAUCUAGAUGGUGAAACUGAUUGCCUGCAAAAUGCAGAUUUGAAACUGCUGCUGGAACUGAGUUCAAAUUCAGGACAGGAUACUUCUAUGAGAUCUGAACCAGAUUUUGCUCUGAUGCCAGAGGAGAUGAUGUUUGUUACAGAGUAUGCCGAGGACAUUCACCGGAACUUGAGGGAGAGUGAAAUAAGGUUCAGGCCAAGUCCAGGCUACUUAAAGAAACAUCCAAAGAUCACUAAUGGCAUGCGGGUUAUCCUCGUGGACUGGCUGGUUGAAGUCGUCCACGAGUACAGCCUUCGUUCUGAAACUCUGCAUCUUGCCGUCAACUAUCUGGACCGUUUUCUCUCCUUCGUGGCCAAUGUGAAACGGGGCAAGUUGCAGCUGGUUGGAAUAGCUGCAUUACUGAUUGCCUCAAAAUAUGAGGAGAACUUGCCUCCCACGCUGAAUGAGUUUGUAUACACCACAGACAGCGCCUACACUAAGAAGCAGCUGAUCUCCAUGGAGCAUGUUUUUCUAAAAGUGCUGGCUUUCAAUAUGGCAGCACCCACCCCAAACCAGUUCCUUCACCUUUUCAUGUCCAUCCACUCUGUCUGUGCCAACACAGAGAACCUUGCCCGGUAUGUAGCAGAGUUAAGCCUGCUGGAAAUUGAUCCAUUCCUACAGUACACCCCGUCUGUAGUGGCAGCUGGAGCCUACUGUCUAGCCGCCUACACUGUAAACAGAUCUCUCUGGCCUGACUCCUUACACACCUUUACCGGUUAUACCAUAGCUGAUAUUGGUCCCUGCGUGACCGACCUCCAUAAACUAUACAUCAGUGCACAUAGCUACCCACAACAGACCAUCAGGAAGAAGUAUAAGAGCUUAAAGUACUGUCAUGUUUCAUUCAUUACUCCACCUGCUGUUCUGCCUUUCCUGUGACUCACCACUCCACCUGUCACCACGCUUUUGACAACAAAACAAACAUAAAACAAACACAGCUGGUCCUGUCAUCUACUCCUCUGAAUCCUUUGUUACCUUCAGAUUAAAGUUUAUGCAAAGGCAAUAAAUCAGAUUUGAAAACAUA